GCAUAUUUCAUAGCGGGAGCUGCACACACAUACACACGGACACAAGACUCAAAUAUUCUGGAAUGAUCUCCAUCAUCACCACCACAAUGAGGCACGUCAAGAGGCCAAAUCGGGGAAUUUUUUCCAAACGUCAGGAGAUAUUGCUGCUCUUCUUCUGUCUUUGUGUUCCCACGAUGGAAGCCAUUCAUCCGGACUGCGCCGUCAUUGCUCAGCACCUGAGGGCCCGAGAGACCUGCAGGCAGGCGAGGACGAGAGAAGUUCAGAACCAGACGGCGCGCGGCGGAUGCCAGACGGAGUGGGACGAGAUCGGAUGCUGGCCGAGAGCCGAUGCGGGUCAGGUGGUCAACGUGUCGUGCUCUGACGUCUUUCAGCAUUUCUCCAGCGGUCAAGGGUUCGUUUACAGGAACUGUACAGCGGACGGCUGGUCGGACAUUUAUCCGCCCUACGAGGAAGUGUGCGCUUUCAGUGACGACGGCGGGCCCGAAUCCGAGACCAGUUACCUGUCCACCUUCAGACAGGUGUACACUGUGGGCUACGCCACCUCGCUCAUCUCCCUCAUAACGGCCAUAGUGGUGUUCACCGCUUUCAGGAAGUUCCACUGCACCAGGAACUACAUCCACGUCAACCUGUUCUCCUCGUUCGUCCUGAGGGCCAGCGCCGUCUUCGUCAAAGACACGGUGCUGUUCGCCGACGAGACGCUGGACCACUGCUCCGUGUCCACGACGGCGUGCAAGUCGGCCGUGGCGUUCUUCCAGUUCAGCAUCCUGGCCAAUUACUUUUGGCUGCUGGUGGAGGGCAUGUAUCUGCAGACGCUGCUGGCGCUCACCUUUGUCUCCCAGAGGAAGUACUUCUGGUGGUACAUCCUGACUGGAUGGGGGCUCCCGUCGACGAUUCUCGUCCUUUGGGUGCUGACCAGAUUCUUCUAUGAUGACACAGGUUGCUGGGAUGACACGGACAACGUUGGCAUUUGGUGGAUUAUUAAAGGCCCAAUAACAGCGUCGUUGCUGGUGAACAUCGUCAUCUUCGUCAACGUGAUCCGCAUCCUGGUCCAGAAGCUCAAAUCUUCCGCCAAGUCCGGGAACAACGAUGCUGGACAUUUUAUACGGCUGGCCAAAUCCACGCUCUUCCUCAUCCCUCUGUUCGGGAUGCACUACACCGUGUUCGCCUUUCUGCCCGAGAGCACGGGCGUGGCGGCCCGGCUCUACAUCGAGCUGGGCCUGGGAUCCUUCCAGGGCUUCGUGGUGGCUCUGCUUUACUGUUUCAUGAACGGAGAGGUGCAGGCGGAACUGCGGAGGCGGCUGUGGAAGUGUCACAGCCGAAGUCGGCAAACGCCCGCCAAACGAAGCCUCGGUCAGUUUAGUGUCGGCGCACGCGGGGGGCUGCGACGGCCCCCCUCCUCCGGCAACAUCUCGACCGUAUGACCGUAAGGAAACGCUGGACUGACAUUUAAUUGCACGCGUGCGGGACAUUACUGCUCACCACCAUUUUGGCUUGAGAUAACAUGAGGGUGGAUUGUUUGGGAUUGUUCUGUGCUGCUCUGAGCCUUUGGAACACUUCCAGUGCGUGUCAAAAAUGUUUUACAGUAUGUUGGUUUAGGCUUUAUUUGUAUUACAUUUUGUGUAAUUUUUGGACCCAAAAUGCAUUUUUAUGUGGGACUUUUUUGAGAGUUUUGUUGCGUCAAAAUUAAAUAUUUUUAAAAGCCAAUGAACUCAAGCAAUACAGUUAUACUUCACAAUUGUAUUCAUCAUUGGUUCAUUUAAUUUUUAUCAUAUUGGAUUACCUCAUCGAUAUUUUUUUCACUUUAGUUGGCUUGAUAUGUUUUUCCGUACUGUAUGUAUGCAUUCAAUACUGUUUCCGUACGUUAACAUGCUAUUGAAUUUGCACUAAGUCACCAAAUGUAAAAAUGACAAAAGACUGUGCAUUUUAUGUCUUAUUAUUCAUUUCAAACCAGUUAGUGGAAAUUGUGUUUUACCAUCCAUUUUUUUUUAAAUCUUACUGUACAGUAUCAUUAGACACUUUGUAUCGGUCUACACUGACGUAUUUUCACACAGUAUUUUACAUGAUAUUUAUAUAAAAUAUACUGUAUUUCCCCUGUUGUUGUGAAUGUACUGAAGGAAACGAGAGGGGGAAAAAAA